GCGCACCCCGGGCUCCCCGCUCGGCCGCGCCGCGCGCUACCCCGCUGCCAGUAUCACUCCGCCCCGCAGGGAGGUGCCGGCCGCGGGGAGGGGUCGCGGGGAGGCCGGGGAAGCCCAGCUCGCCAGCGAUCGCGGCCCCUCCUCGGGGCCCGGGUGAAGCUGCCGCCGCGGCGCGGCCGCCUGCCCGCCUAGGGGGCGCCCUGGAGCCGGGGCGGCGCGCGCGGAGCCGCGGACUCUUUGCCCUCUCCGGGCGGAAGGAACGCGGCCCGUGCGCGGAGGGAGGCGCGACCCGUGCGCGGAGGGAGGCGCGACCCGAGGCGCCCGAGUCUGGGGAGCGGCCCCCCUUUUCCGAGGGGUUUGCGGGGGCCGGGUGGGCCCCGGCUAGAGCCCGGCCCUCGUCUGGGUCUGCGGCGGGCCGGCCGCUCGGUUUCCGGGCCCCUCCGCCGGCUCCGUGCUGGUGGCGCGCGCUCGGCCCGCCAUGGAGUCGGUCAGUGGAGCUGGCGACCUUCGCGUUCCCGGGCCCAUCAGGCCGAGCAGACUAGGCCCGAACGCCGCAGUUUUUGCUUCUUUCUUAUUUUUUUUUUUAAAUGCAGGUUUUGUUUUUUAAUCCCUGAACGGGGACCUGAUUCCCAGAAAGAGACCGAUGGUGCCGAGCUGAGUUGCUAGUGCUGAGCAAUGCAGCUCUAUUUUGCUGAGAGUUUUAUUUUUUUUUUAAGCCUUUACCCCCGUUUUCCUCUUCUGACCUUUUUCUUUUUCUUUCCUUUUUUUUUUUUGCUAUUGCAUUAGUUUGGGAGUGGGGGCUGUCAGUGGUGACAUGAGGACGGGGUUCUUGCCUACUUGGCGCCUGCCCAGUGGGUGCUGUUGCCCCGUGGUCAGGGCUUGGGGCCGAGCUGUAGAGGGCGGAGCCCUGAAGCAGAGAGGCCCAGCGCACGAAAUCAUGCACGAGUAGUUCGCAGCCGCUUGCCUUCACUCACCGCCCUGCCUGCUGCUGCUCGUCACUCACUGCCCCGCCCACAGCCGCUCAUCGCUCGCCGCCCUGCCCGCAGCCGCCUGUCACUCACCACCCUGCCUGCAGCCGUUCGUCGCUCUCGGCCCAGCCUGCAGCCACUCCUUGCUGGCCGCCCUGCUCGCCGCCCCGCCCGCAGCAGCUUGUUGCUCACCACCCUGCCUGCAGCCGCUCAUCGCCCACGGCCCAGCCCACAGCCGCUGAUCAUGCGUCGCUCCGCCCGCCGCCGCUCAUUGCUCCGCCUGCUGCCACUCACGCGUCGCUCACCAUCCUGCCUGCAGCCGCUUGUCGCUCGCCGCCCCGCCCGCAGCCGCUCAUCACUGGCCGCCCCGCCCACAGCUGCCCGUGGCCUGCCAGCCCACCCUCAGCCGCUUGUCACUCGCGGCCCCGCCCGCCGCCACUCAACGCUCACCGCCCCACGUGUCGCUCCGCCCGCCGCCACGUUGCUGGGCCCGCAGCCACUCGUCACUCGCCGCCCCGCCCGCAGCCGCUCAUCGCUCACCGCACCGCCCACCACCGCUCCUCACUCGCCACCCCGCCCACCGCCACUCGCCGCCCCGCCCGCCGCUGCUCGUGGCUCCCCGCCCGACCCGCCACUGCGCGUGGCUCGCCAACCCACCCGCCGCUGCUCAGCGCUCACUGCUCCGCUUGUCUCUCCGCCGGCCGCAGCUCAUCGCUCGCCACCUCGCCCACCGCCGCUCGUGGCUCACCGCCCCGCUCCUCGCUCCGCCCACAACCGCUCCUUGCUGGUCACUCUGCCUGCAGCUGCUGGUCGCUCGCCACCCCGCCCGCCCCCGCUCAUCGCCCCGCCCGCCAGCGCUCCUCGCUCACCGCCCUGCCCACCAGCGCUCGUCGCCCCACCUGCCGCCGCUCGUCGCUCCUCCCGCCCCCACUCGCCGCCCUGCCCUCCACCACUCGCAGGCCAGGGUGGAGGGACUGAGGGGUGGUCAGUGCACCUCAUGGCGACUGGUCGAGCGGCCGUUCCGCUCGUUACGGUUAUGGUCCCUGGCCUUUUAUUAUAUAGGAUACAAGCACUGAACAAUUAGAAAAUGAAUUUUUUAAAAGAAAUCCUAUAUAAUAAAGAGCUAAUAUGCAAAUGGUUGUCACACCCU